AUGGAUUUCCUUCACAGGAAUGGAGUUCUUGUCAUUCAGCAUUUGCAGAAGGACUACCGGGCCUACCAAGAUUUUCUAAACUUCAUGUCAAAUGUUGGCGACCCACGGAAUAUAUUCUCGAUUUAUUUCCCUCUUUGGUUUCAACUUAAUCAAACGGUCGGGACUAAAAUGAUAUGGGUAGCUGUCAUUGGAGAUUGGUUCAACCUUAUAUUUAAAUGGAUUUUAUUCGGCCAUCGCCCUUAUUGGUGGGUACAAGAAACUCUGAUCUACACUAACCAUUCAAGUCCAUGUCUUGAACAGUUUCCUACAACUUGUGAAACAGGACCAGGCAGUCCAUCAGGACAUGCUAUGGGAUCAUCUUGUGUGUGGUAUGUAAUGGUAACGGCAGCCCUGAGCUAUACCUUGGGUCGAAUAGACAAAUCAUCAGUUACUCUGCACAGACUGACCUGGUCAUUUCUUUGGAGUGUUUUUUGGUUGAUUCAAAUCAGUGUCUGCAUUUCCAGAGUAUUCAUAGCAACACAUUUUCCUCAUCAAGUUGUUCUUGGAGUAAUUGGCGGCAUGCUUGUUGCAGAAGCAUUUGAACAUACUUCAGCUAUCCAAACAGCCAGUUUGAGUGCAUAUAUGAAGACUAAUUUGUUCCUGUUCUUAUUUGCCCUUGGCUUUUAUCUGUUUCUCAAACUUCUUGACAUUGAUCUUCUCUGGUCAGUUCCCAAGGCUAAAAAAUGGUGUGCUAAUCCCGACUGGAUCCAUAUUGACACCACACCAUUUGCCGGGCUGGUGAGAAACUUGGGAGCUCUCUUUGGACUAGGUCUUGCAGUCAACUCUGAAAUGUUUCACAUGAGCUGCAGGGGGAAAGGUGGCUGUAAAUUGAGUUUCAGAUUGCUAUGUAUAGUGACUUCACUGACCACCCUGCAGCUGUACAAUCUUGUCAAGAUCCCAACCCAGGCAGAGCUUUUAUUUUACGGGCUGUCUUUCUGUAAAAGUGCCUCCAUUCCACUGGCUGUAGUUGCUUUGAUUCCUUUCUGCAUACAUGUGCUAAUGAGGCCUUCAGAAAAGAAGAUUAAUUAG